AUUGAUUUAUAUUCUCCCAGUUGAUACUAAAAUUGCAGAAAAUUAAAGAUGAACUGUCACCUACCCCAAGAGCUGUUGGUGUCUAUCAGGUUCUGCUACCUGUGCCGAGCGACGCUGCCGGAAGACGACGAAGCCUGGGUGAGACCUUGUCGAUGUGUCGGCCCGACAACUUGGAUACACCAGAGUUGUGGUCGACAAAUGGUUCAGCGGUUCGAGAGUCUCUACCCGACUAAGAGGCCUAGAUGCAUGUUCUGCAGAACACGUUACAUUAUAGUACCGAAGAAAGGCCCAAUAGUCCGUGUAAUGCAGAAGAUACUUCUAAAAUUAAAGUCAAUAGUUGACAUAGAACUUGUCGCUGCCUACCCUAUAAUAGAAGCAAUCGCGACUACCUGUGGAUGUCUAACUCUCUCUUACAUUUAUGGCCAUGAAGAAGCGAAGCAACUUUUAAUGGAACGUAAUCCAGUCGAAGCAGCUUCAGCGUGUGCACUUAUUGGAUAUGGCUUAUGGUACAUAAGUGACAUCACAUGGGAAGAUUGGCUGUUACGUGCUUUAAGACGGUGUUCCAGGGUGCCAUUCCUAAAAGGGGUUUUUCCCCAGGGAGUAUCCCGACAGCCUUGCCAGGAGCAGGAAGAGGAUGUGGUCGAUAUGCAGCGCUAUCGCGGGAGGUGCUCUGCUACCGGUGUACUCCAGGAUCAUCGGCACACUGAUGUUUAGUUCUGUGGAGAGUCCGGCCAAUCAGCUAUUGUUAGGUGGAACUUCCUUUCUGGCCGUGAAGGGGAUUCUGAAAAUGUAUUAUGCACAGAAAACAUAUGUGCGCCAAAAUUCUUUGUCAAUUGAAAACUAUAGAUAAAGUAAUGAUGAUAAAUUGAACUCAGUAUAGUGUAUUUAAUGUGUCACCAAGAAAGCAAUGAAUAAUUUGUAUAAUUGUAUUGACUAAUAUAGUUUUGACUUAGAGGAUACUGCACGACCUAAUCCUGUGACAGAAUAUAGCAUACUAAAGUUCAGGUGAAUGUGCAAUGGCUGAGCGUUUUCAUAAUGGUGUUUUAU